AUGUUCGUACACGGGCCGAUACCCUUCGAGCGCCAGGGGGAGGGCUCCACCAGCGAGGAGGAGGAGGAGUUGGACAGUGCCACCGUGCUAAAGCAAAUUACUGAAUCCGGAAACUUGAACUACGGUGGGGUCAAGAGUCAUGCAGUUUAUGUCGCCAAGCACAGGCUCAGUGCAGCGGGCUUCUUGGACCGGAGCAGAUUGUUCUUGUCCUUGAGCUGGCAGGCAGGCAUCAUGGCUGAUCAUCCAGAUGAAUUAUGUCAGAAGAAAAGGCGAGAAGAAUGCGAACGAAAAGCAAGAAGAGGGGAAAUGGAUCCCCGGUUGGAAUACACAUUCCAGCUGCUUAUCGACGCAACAGGCCUCCCGAGAUCUGAGAUCAUGGAUAAUGUUUUUGAGGGAAACAUGUUAGAUCAGAUCAACGAAAUUUUCUUGCCCCAUAUGAGGGACAAACUUAUUUGGUUUUACCAAGAAGUUGAAGAGCAAGUAUCAGUCCCUAAUGUUGACCAUGGAAAAGGAGUCUUGAGAGGAAUACAAACUAAUGUGAAAACGCAAGUCCAAAAUACAGUUUCAUAUAAGAAGAAACUUUUUCUCACCGAUGGGUGGUCCUGCCCACUUACUGGAAUUUGCAUCUAUAUGUUUAGACUUAAUACCGUAAAACAGUUACCAGAAGAAGGUUUUCAGAAGGAUUUGUUUUGUGGGGUAAUUAAUGCCAGAAAAGUUGGGUUAGUGACAACAGUUCAGCGGGUCAUGGAGCAUGUUUUUAUGGAAGUAUUAGCUCAACCAUCAAUUGAUGCCGAAGAUGAUGAAGUUGCAGGAAGUAUUGUUCGAGAUCAGCUUCUACCAGGUCUGAGAUCAUUUUGCAGUGCUCUGAAAGUUUGUGAAGAAGUAUGCAAAAGUAAAAAUAUUUUUGAUGAUGAUAAAACUUUAAUGGAAAAUAUAAACUCCUAUGAAGAAGUUAAGGAAUAUAUUUCCGAACCUGGAAAUAAAGAAAUUUUAGAAGAGAGGGUAAAGAUCUGGAUAAAAAAGAUUAACGAUGUAAUACUGGAAAGCGAGCAACUCAGACAGGAAAAUGAUUCUAGUGGACCUCAAGAUGAACUAGAAUAUUGGAAGAAAAGAGAUGCUCAACUUUCUCAGAUAAAUGUUCUUUUCGAGGACCAUGAAGUAGUAAAAACUACAAUUCAUUGUUUAACAACUUUGAAAUCAAAAACUAUCAAGCAGUGGAAAGAAAUUCGCCAGGGUGUAAUAUAUUGUUUUAAUGAAGCACGAGAUAAUGCCAAAUAUAUUCAGUCCAUAGAGAAGUCCUGUCAUGCUCUCUAUCUUCAUGACCCUGUUCGGAUGCAGUCUUCUAUACUACGACUAUUACAAACUGUUAAGCUGAUUCAUAGUGUUUCUCAAUAUUAUAAUACAUCAGAAAGGACAUCAGCUCUUAUGGUUAAAAUAACGAACCAGAUGAUCAGAGCCUGUAAACAGUAUAUCACUUGUCAUGGUAAAGAAACUGUUUGGUCUCAGGACCAAAAGAUGGUUAGAGAAAAAUUAGAACAUUGUGUUCAGCUAAAUCAAGUAUACCAUGAGGCUUAUCUUCAGGUCAAAGAACAAUCCUUAUUGCCAGAUCAACCUUCCUUACAAUUUUCAGAAAACUAUGUUUUUGGAAAAUUUGAUACAUUUUGCAAGAGGCUGGGAAAAAUUAUAACUAUGUUUAAUCUAAGGAACGCUGAGUUUGAUUCUGAUUUUGAUGAGUUUAUAAAAAAUACCACUGCUCUUAAAGAAAGCAUUGCUCAAACAAUUGAAGAUAAUUACAAGGGGAUAUGGGAAACCACCCAUGGUGUCAAGUUCCUUAACAGAUUCGCUAAGGUAAGCAAAAAAAUUCCAUUAAAACAAAUGUCUGAUAAAUACUUGCGUAUAAUAAAAUAUUGUGACAAGGAAGUCGAUAAAGUCUUAAAAGUAUUUAAAAAACAGAAACAAAAUCCACCAGUUCCAAGAAAUUUUCCUCCAUUAGCAGGGAGAAUCAGCUGGAGUCGAGCACUGUUAAAUAAUUUAAAAGAAGAAGUUGAAUCAGUAUCAACACAUCCCCUCCUAAAAUCUCUUCCUGAAACUGCUGAAUUGAAGAAGAAGUUUACUUAUGUGUCUAUUUCAUUAAAUGACUAUGAAAAUCAGAUUCUUCAAAUUUGGAUGAAUCACAAUGUGUGGUCAGCAGAGAAAUCCUUAAGAAAAAAACUUUUGAUCUUGGAUGAGAAAAGUGAUGAAAUUAAAAUAAAUUUUGAUUUCAAAAUAAAAUUAAUGAUAAGAGAAGCUGAGUGCAUGAGACAAAUGGAUCUACCGAGUCCUGCAAUGACACUUAUUCUACUUUCCAAAAGUGAACACUUUUCUAAAAUCCAAAAUCUAUUGAAGGAUUUGUUGAGAGAAUUUUUGGCAACAGUCAAAAAAGUAAAGCUGGAAGUUCGACCUUUAUUUUUACCUCAACUUGUUCGUUUAUCAGCUAUGCUGUCCCCAGCAUUCACUACUCUUGAUUGGACAAAUCCAGGGUGGAAGGAAUUUGUAAAUAAAGUAUAUGAUGCUAUCAAAGAUUUUGACAUUUUGGUUACUAGGUAG